GCACAGCUUGCCGGCGUGAGUCGUGACUGCGCAGCAUUGAAUCAAGUACACUGAGAGGGUAAGGUUACAAUAAAUGCCCUCGUGGUUUUUUAGUUCAAUUUUAUCAAGCUUGAUACAAAGCCUUGACAAGUUUGAGUUUCUAAUCAGCCAAAAUAAGACUUAACAAAAUGUCGGCGUCAAGCAUUCGUUCUGAGAAGCCUGGAUUUUACGACAUGGAAGUAAUCGAUGUUAAAGGUUGCCCCCAUAAGCUGUCGGAAUACAAGGGGCAGGUGGUGCUCCUGCUGAACACAGCGUCCCUCUGAGAGACCACCACCAGGGACUUCACGCAGAUGAACCGUCUGCUCGAGAAGUUCCCUGGUGAUUUCUCCUUUUCAUCAUCGUUUUCAGAGCACCAAAAUCCCACAAAGUGCAAGGAUGAAAACACCACCAGCGAGGAGAUGUUGCUAAGCUUGCGCCACGUGAGGCCGGGGGGCGGGUUCCAGCCUAGGGCGCUAAUGUUCCAGAAGAUCGAAGUCAACGGCAAAAAUACGCACCCGCUGUUUCAGUUUUUAAAGAAGAAGCUGCCGACAUGCGUGGAUGAGACGGGCGUGAUCAUGGAGGAUCCUUUAUGUUUCAGGUACAGCAAGAACUUUGAGACCAUCAACAUAGCGGCCGACAUCACUCACCUGCUCGAGCUUCAAGAGACGGAGGCGCAAGACCUCAGGCGCAAUAUCUUACUCCAUCAAACUUACUUCAAAUGCGAGCAACAUCAAGCCAAAUGAUCCUUGGAUGUUAACAAGUUGUUUCAGUGAUGACACAAUCCACACUCAUGAUUUAUGUUCAGAUAUCGCGUGCCAGGAAUUAAUUUUCAAAUCUCUUAACUUUGAAUAGGGAUGUGAUUUUUGGCUGUAUUUUAAUACAGAAAUUUUCAUAAAGUUCACUACGCAUAUUUAAAAAAAAAUUCUAAGCCUCAAUGAUCCCUUGAACAAAUAUAAGUUAGUUUUAAUUGUCGCUGCUGAUUGAUUUUUUAUUGGUAUCUUCAUUCAUAUUUUAUUGUGCCGGGCAUGAGAACAGCCUCGAUAUUUGUGCAAAUCGACUUGGGUGAUGUCCACGUAUCCAUACUGGUAAUGAUUAGGCAUGUGCGUAAAGAAUAUAUAUAAAGAGUACACUAUUUAAAA